AGGUGAGCAGCCUGAACUCGUACAAGGGCGUGGACCCUUCCCGGGUCGACGGCCAGCGCCUGCUGGACGCGGGGACCGUGGAGUUCGCGGCGGGGACCAGGCUUGACUUGUCCAAGUCGAUGGGUUUCAAGAACAGCGUGAUGUACUGCGUCGCGCCCAUCGUCCUCGGCGACUUCCCCCCCGCGGUCUACGACUUCUGGGCCGUCGGCACGGACUGCUGCUCCGAGCACUCGGCGGACUUCGCGUGCGGCGAGUACGACAACCCGGACGCCAGGUCCGGUCUCCGCCUGACCUCCACAUCCCAGAAGGAGUACUACGCCCUGGCCGUCGAGCAGGCCGAGGCCACGUACGGCGUCAAGGCGUCCAACCCCGUGUUCAUGACGUGGAUGCAGGACCCCGACCUGGAGGUGGGCCAGUACUGGACGGACGCCACGCGCUUCUUCGCCCUCGUGGCGAUCCUCUACGGCCUCUUCCAGGCGGCGCUGGUCGCUGGAAUGCUGACCGUGCUCUCGAAGCUCGGCUGGUGAGCCGCGGCGGCGCCGCCCGCGACCUGCCACCGCGAGCCACGCUGGCAGCGAUCCGCGUGGAAGGGGGGGAAGGAGGGACUCGCGGAGGAGGGAUCCUCCUCCUCCUCCCCCUUCCCUCCCUCCCUUCCCGCUCCUCAGCCCACCUGUCUCCUCCUCCUCCUCCUCCUCCUCCUCCUCCUCCGCCGCCGCCCCGACACGAGGGCUGGGCGCGCGCGCGCGCGCGAGCCGCUGGCGCUCUCCCCGCGCGGGGGCGGGGGCCGGCGCUCUCCCCGCGGCGCCUGCGCGCGGGGACCGCAG